AUGGCGUGCCAAGUUGAUAACCCUCCUAAAACAUACCCAAAUGAUAAAACAGCUGAAUAUGAAAAGUACGCAAAUUAUAUGAACUAUCUAUAUUAUUAUAAAAAUAAUGAAUUAAAAAAAAUCGAUUCAUCUUAUUUUAAGGAUAAAUAUUUAGGAUUAUUUUUUGGAGCUUCAUGGUGUAAAUACUGUGUAACAUUUAUAGAUAGCUUAAAUAUUUUUAAAAAGAACUUUCCAAAUGUUGAAAUUAUAUAUAUACCAUUUGAUAGAACAUAUCAAGAUUACCUUUCCUUUUUAAAAAAUACAAACUUUUAUGCUUUACCUUUUGAUAAUUAUUUAUAUAUAUGUAAAAAGUAUCAAAUAAAAAAUCUACCCUCCUUCAUGUUAAUUUCACCUAAUAAUAAUAUACUAGUAAAGGAUGCAGCACAAUUAAUUAAAACAGAUGCAUAUAUAAAUAACCUAAAAUCAUUAAUUAAAAAUUAUAUAAUACAUCCAAAAACAUUUCAAUAUAAUAAUCGCUUUUUUGAUUUGUUUCAUAAUUGA